CGCCCCGCCUACCGGCUCCCCUCAGAGGUGGCCGCGGCCGAGCGCGGGGAGGGAGGGGAGAGCGGGUCACGACGCUGCGGGGGCGGGGAUAACCCCUCACGUGGAGCAGAUGAAAGGGCCGCGGCGCGACGGCCCGGGGAGCGGAGCGGAGCCUGCGACCCACAAAGCCGCCGCCGCCGCGAUGGUGCUGUGAGGCGACCGCCCGCGCUCGGUCCUCCGCCGGCCCGCGACUAUGCCCGGCCGCGCCCGCCCUCCGCGCCCUCCCGCCGCAGGACCAUGAGGCCACGCUCGGGCGGGCGCCCAGGGGCCCCGGGCCGCCGCCGCCGCCGCCUCCGCCGCGGCCCCCGCGGUCGUCGCUUGCCGCCGCCGCCGCCGCUGCCGCUGCUUCUCGGGCUGCUGCUGGCGGCCGCGGGGCCCGGCGCGGCGCGGGCCAAGGAGACGGCGUUCGUGGAGGUGGUGCUGUUCGAGUCGAGCCCGAGCGGCGACUACACCACCCACACCACCGGCCUCACGGGCCGCUUCUCGCGGGCCGGGGCCAUGCUCAGCGCCGAGGGCGAGAUCGUGCAGAUGCACCCACUGGGCCUGUGUAAUAACAAUGAUGAAGAGGACUUGUAUGAAUAUGGCUGGGUAGGAGUGGUGAAGCUCGAACAGCCAGAAUUGGACCCCAAACCAUGUCUUACUGUACUGGGCAAGGCCAAGAGAGCAGUUCAGCGGGGGGCCACUGCAGUUAUCUUUGAUGUAUCUGAAAACCCAGAAGCCAUCGACCAGCUAAACCAAGGCUCAGAAGACCCUCUUAAGAGGCCAGUUGUGUAUGUGAAGGGUGCAGAUGCCAUCAAGCUGAUGAACAUUGUCAACAAGCAGAAAGUAGCUCGAGCAAGGAUCCAGCACCUCCCUCCUCGACAACCCACCGAGUACUUUGACAUGGGGAUUUUCCUGGCUUUCUUCGUCGUGGUCUCCCUGGUCUGCCUCAUUCUCCUUGUCAAAAUCAAGUUGAAGCAGCGUCGUAGUCAGAAUUCCAUGAACAGGUUGGCCGUGCAGGCUCUGGAGAAGAUGGAAACCAGAAAGUUCAACUCCAAGAGCAAGGGGCGCCGGGAAGGAAGCUGCGGGGCCCUGGAUACACUUAGCAGCGGGUCCACAUCUGACUGUGCCAUCUGUCUGGAGAAGUACAUUGAUGGAGAGGAGCUUCGGGUCAUCCCCUGUACCCAUCGGUUCCACAGGAAAUGUGUGGAUCCAUGGCUGCUCCAGCACCACACCUGCCCCCACUGUCGGCACAACAUCAUAGAGCAAAAGGGAAAUCCAGGUGCUGUUUGUGUGGAGACCGGCAACCUUACACGUGGUCGGCAGCCAAGAGUGACCCUGCCGGUACAUUACCCAGGCCGUGUACAUAGGACCAAUGCCAUCCCAGCCUACCCUACCAGGACAAGUAUGGACUCCCAUGGCAAUCCUGUCACACUGCUGACCAUGGACCGGCAUGGGGAGCAGAACCUCUAUUCUCCACAGACCCCCACCUAUAUCCGUGGCUACCCACCCCUGCACCUGGACCACACUCUGGCCCCUCACCGCUGCAGCCUAGAACACCGGGCCUACUCACCAGCCCAUCCCUUCCGUAGGCCCAAGUUCAGUGGCCGCAGCUUCUCCAAGGCAGCUUGCUUCUCCCAGUAUGAGACCAUGUACCAACACUACUACUUCCAGGGUCUCAGCUACCCAGAGCAGGAGGGCCAGCCGAUACCCAGCCUUGCACCCAGGGGCCCAUCCCGUGCCUUUCCACCAAGUGGUGGCAGCAGCCUUCUCUUUCCCACUGUGGUGCACAUGGCCCCUCCCACCCACGUGGAGAGUGGCAGCACUUCCAGCUUCAGCUGCUACCAUGGGCACCGUUCUGUGUGCAGUGGUUAUCUGGCAGACUGUCCUGGCAGUGAUAGCAGCAGCAACAGCUCUGGCCAGUGCCGCUGCUCUUCCAGCGACUCCGUGGUGGACUGCACAGAAGUGAGCAACCAAGGUGUGUACGGGAGCUGUUCCACCUUCCGCAGCUCCCUCAGCAGUGACUAUGACCCCUUCAUCUACCGAAGCCGGGGGCCCACUGUACACCUUGAGGGCUCCCCACCACCAGAGGAGCUCCCGGCAGCACACAGUCAAGGUGCUGGGCGGGGUGAGCCAUGGCUAGGCCCUGCCUCUCCCUCAGGGGACCAGCUGUCCACCUGCAGCCUGGAGAUGAACUACAGCAGCAACUCCUCACUGGAACCCAGAGGGCCCAACAGCUCUACCUCAGAAGUGGGGCUCGAGGUUUCUCCUGGGGCCGCCCUGGACCUCAGGAGGACCUGGAAAGGGGGCCCAGAGGGACCAUCAUGUGCUUGCUGCUUUGAUCCCCAGGCCUCUUCCCUGGGUCCUGGAGCAGGAGCAGCUGCUGGUGGCAGCACCUUAUUCCUGGGUCCCCGGCUCCUGGAGGACUGCAACCCUACAAGUGGAGACCCACAACCAGGGGGCUCCCAGGGCCUGUAUGGCCUUCACUCAGACCAUUUUCCCAGGACAGAUGGGGUGAAAUAUGAGGGCCUGCCCUGCUGCUUCUAUGAAGAGAAGCAGGUGGCCCACAGUGCUGGCAGGGGUAAUGGCUGCUACACUGAAGACUAUUCAGUGAGUGUGCAGUACACACUCACCGAGGAACCCCCACCCAGCUGCUAUGCAGGGGCCCGGGACCUGAGCCAGCGCAUCCCCAUUAUUCCAGAGGAUGUAGACUGUGACACGGGCUUGCCUCAAGACUGUCAAGGGGUACACAGCCACAGCUCCUGGGGUGGGAUGCUGGGCUUGGACGUCCCCCGACUCCACUGGAGUCUGGGGACAACCCGGGAAGAGGAACAGGCUCCGUGCUACCAAGCCGAGGUGCCACUGCAGCCUGGCUGCUCUCCAGAGGAGGCAGAUGCUUCCAGAGCUAGCCUCUCCAGUCCCUCCCAGGACACUCAGGAGUCCCAUGCCCUGGCUGCUGAGGCGUCAGAGUGUUUCACAGCCAAUGGUGCAGAUUAUAGGGGAACACAGAGCUGGACAGCACUGCAAGGCGGGAAGCCAUGUCUGUUCUGGAACGAGACAUUCCAGCAUCCAUACAACACGCUGAAAUACCCCAACGGGGAAGGUGGUCUGGGUGAGCAUAACUAUUGCAGAAAUCCAGACGGAGAUGUGAGCCCCUGGUGCUACGUGGCGGAACAUGAGGACGGUGUCUACUGGAAGUACUGUGAUAUUCCUGCCUGCCAGAUGCCUGGAAACCUUGGCUGCUACAAGGAUCAUGGAAACCCACCUCCUCUCACUGGCACCAGUAAAACAUCCAACAAGCUCACCAUACAGACCUGUAUCAGCUUUUGUCGGAGUCAGAGGUUCAAGUUUGCCGGGAUGGAGUCAGGCUAUGCCUGCUUCUGUGGGAACAACCCUGACUACUGGAAACACGGGCAGGCAGCCAGCACCGAGUGCAACAGUGUCUGCUUCGGGGACCACACGCAGCCCUGUGGUGGGGACGGCAGGAUUAUCGUCUUCGACACUCUCGUGGGCGCCUGCGGUGGAAACUACUCAGCCAUGGCCGCCGUGGUCUACUCGCCUGACUUCCCUGACACCUACGCCACUGGGCGGGUCUGCUACUGGACUAUCCGGGUUCCAGGAGCCUCUCACAUCCACUUCAACUUCACCUUAUUUGAUAUCAGGGACUCUGCAGACAUGGUGGAGCUGCUGGAUGGUUAUACCCACCGUGUCCUGGUCCGUUUCAAUGGGAGGAACCACCCGCCCUUGUCCUUUAAUAUCUCUCUGGAUUUUGUCAUUUUGUAUUUCUUCUCUGAUCGCAUCAAUCAGGCCCAGGGAUUUGCUGUCUUAUACCAAGCCACCAAGGAAGAAGCACCACAGGAGAGGCCUGCAGUCAACCAGACCCUGGCAGAGGUGAUCACCGAACAAGCCAACCUCAGCGUCAGCGCCGCCCACUCUUCCAAAGUCCUCUACGUCAUCACCACCAGCCCCAGCCACCCACCGCAGACUGUCCCAGGUAGCCAUUCCUGGGCGCCAUCGGUUGGGGCCAGCGGCCACAGAGUGGAAGGAUGGACCGUAUAUGGCCUAGCCACCCUCCUCAUCCUCACCGUCACAGCCGUCGUUGCAAAGAUCCUUCUGCAUGUCACAUUUAAGUCUCAUCGUGUUCCUGCUUCAGGAGACCUUAGGGACUGUCGUCAACCAGGGGCUUCUGGAGAGAUCUGGACCAUUUUCUAUGAACCUUCCACUACAAUCUCUAUCUUUAAGAAGAAGCUUAAGGGCCAGAGCCAACAAGAUGACCGGAAUCCCCUCUUUCCCCUGGUCUACAGUUUGGAACAGAGCCAGACGGAAGAAAUUCUCAGGUUUUCUUGAAGGCUGGCCUGGUUCCCUGCCAAGUGUGGUCUCUUGGACAUUAGCACCUCAGAGUGCACAGAGGCCCAGUGCUCUGUCCUGGCCCUGUAGCUUUCUCUGAUGCCGACUAAGAUGUGCCUCAUCUAGUCUGAGGGGACUGAGAACAGGUUCACACUAGAUGUCUUCUUUCUAGAGGAUUCUUUCCAAUACUCACUGACCUGCCGGGUUGAACAUAAAAAACAAAAAAUCCAUCUGUUUAUCCAUGGAGCAGACACAGUAAACUUCUUGUAUACUAGACUUACCUAGCCUGGCCCCAGGCAGUUCACAGUCCUGUGGAGUCUGAACUCGGCCUGUCUCUCUGUCCUCUCAGCCAUCUCCUAGUUCGGGAGUUUGAUGGCUGUAGCGUAGUGCUGGGCUGUAGCUCACAGGUAGAGAGAGCGCUUGCCUUGCAUGCAUGAGGCCCUAGGGUCAAUGCCAGUACUGCCAAAAAGGGGGGAGGGAAAAGGACGGUGGCACAGCCUGUGGGCAGCAUCCCACGAUGAGACAGCAGACCCGUGGAUCCUGCAUCAUUUGAAAAGAAGCUCAGAACUCCCAAGCGCUAUGUCCUUUAUCCCUUGUCAUGGGGCGCCAGAGUAGUUCGGAGUGAGGGCUCCUGUCUCGCCCCAUCACUUUGUCCCUUAGACAGGGAGGCCGACGACAGAAGUUGGCAAAAGGAAAAGGCAGGGCUUGGGAACUGGAGAUCUUCCCAGGAGAGGCUGGAAGAUUGAGAGUCCCAGCUGCAGUGGCCGCCAGUUGUGAGAGGAAGGGCCAUCCCUGAUGUCAGCAGCAGCUGAGAGGAACAGGCUGUGCCCUGAAGGUGGACCUUGGUCAGCGUGUGGCUGUCCGGCCAGCACUCGAGCUUUGGUGUUAGCAGACUCUGAUCUCCUGGGGCCCUCUUGGAGCACUGUGUAUACUUCCCCUGCGUCUCUAAGCCACUGCCAUUGGGGCCUUUUGUAGUGUUCGGGUAACCCAUCAGGAGCUGCCUGCUCCACGACAGAGGACUGUAUGGGACCAUCAGGGAGCGUCCUCAGGGAGAGGCACUGAUCAGUUGAUGGUAGAGAGGCAACCAGAGGAGCAAAGAGUGUCUCUCCAGUGGGCCAGGGUGCUGGCCAGCUCCCAUGGGAGGCCUGCGGGGGGCACAGAGCUGCUGGGCGUCAUCUUCUCACUUUGAUCUGGAAAAGCUGCAGGCUCCUGGGUCUGAAGACAGGCUCAGCACCCACGAAGACCGCUGGAAAUAGACUGCCAGGAGCAGGUUCCACUUCAGGCUGCCGCUAGCCUUUGUGGGGUCCCCUCUGAGAACAAGUAUGAGUCACAGGGCGCCAUGUGCACAGCACACAGAGGAUGUGGGCGCUCUCCCAGGGAAGGUUCAGCUGGCCAGGACCAGGCUUCUUCAGGCCACUGCUCACCUGCUUCUUCACAUCUCAGGCACAGGAAGCCAUGCCCCAGUGGCAGCUCCAGCUCAGCUGCCCUUUAUGAGUGUCCUCGGGAAGGGCAGUGGACGUUGCCCACACUCCUCUUGCUGCUGGUCUAGGCACAGCCCAGCGUUCCAGCCACCACCUCCUCUGUGGGGAGCAGCCCCAGGAAACACAAACCCACCUUACAACAGCGUGGGGCAGUGGGAAGGGCUGUAAUCACCCAGGCCAAACCUCCAGAAAUGGCAGCCACGGUCUGUUAGAACCUGGAGCAGUGUGUUUACCAGUCGACUGGCAAACAGAGAGGUGAGCGGCCAGGGCACUGAGUGUGCUGGGGGCAGGGGGCUUUUGAGUUGAGGUGGGCGGAGGUUUCCUGAGAAGAACAGCAACAGGAAAGACUGUGCUUGGCCCCUCAGAGAUGUAGGCACAGACGCCUGUGUUCUUCUCCACUGGUCUCACUGCUUAAAAAGUAGACACAGAGUAGGAAAGAAGCCUGUGCCUCUCCCGUCAGCAAGGACAGGGCUGAGGCCGCCUGGAGUGAGCAAGGUGACCAGACUUCUCAAAAUGUGGGCUCUGGCUUCAGACUCCUCAGCCAAAAGCUCUCGAAGAUCAAAGCUCUGGCAGGUGCAGCUGUCCUGGCCCCUGAGCCAGCCCAUGGGAUGUGCCUGGGCCAGGUGCCACCCCAUGUCCCUGUGUCAGCCCAGGCGGGACCCCACCUGACCUUCUCCAUCAGCCACUGCCUGACACCACAGGACAUGCACAGCUGCUGCCAACCUCGGGGACAGUCCACACUUAACCUUCAAGAGCACUUAGAAGCGGAUGGCCUCCCAGACUCUGACCCAGCUGCAGGACCCACACUAGGUCUCCUAGGCCAGCUCCUCACUCCACAGUCCUCCAUGGUUACCUCUGGGGCUCCUCUGGGGUUUGGAAUCUCCUGUUUGGUGUCUGAUGUCUACUUUGGGUACUGCCUUGGGAACUGUCAACCCUCCACUUGUCCCCUCCUGCCGCCUUUGUUUACUGUCCCCACCCUACCUCCAGGCCGCUCUCAGCCCAGCUGCUCUGGUCGGAGGGUGGGGGCACUUGUCAGACCUGCCAGCCACACCCCCACCCUGUCUGCCAACAGAACCCAGGCUUCACACAGGCUCCUGUCUUGCCGUGUUGGAGCUGAGCACACUGGCUGAGGCUGAGUGGGUGAGGGGGACAGUGGGAGGUGAAUUUCUCUUGUCAGAGGGAAGUAUGUAUGCAAGGGAUCCUUUCUUGCCCGCACAGGAAGCUGCCAUCCCUGCCACCCUCGUGGCACCAAGACCCUUCCCUUUCCAAACUCACCCUCCAGCAGGGAUCUGACUUUGGACAGCAGGCUUUAUUUGUAAAUAUGCUCUUAAUAUGCAACUUUGAGAAUAAAAUAGAAACAUCAUGUAUUUUAAAAUAUAAAAUGAAGUGUGACACACUGUAUACAAUUUAAUAUAUAUUUUUAGGAUUUUGUUAUUUAAGAAAAUGGAAUGUGAUGGUACUUAACUUUUACAAAAGAGAGAAAAAUGUUAUUUUUACUGUUUGAAGAAAAUAAAU